AUGGCUUCGACAUUCAUCAUCGCUCUCGUCCUGAGCUGUGCCCUUCUUGGAGGUUAUGCCAGCAUGGGCACGUCCCAUAUGCACGGAUUCUUCGACGCUCUUAGAGUUUGCAUCACCGAUCGAUCAUCUUCCACAAACUUAUGUCCGCUCGACAUGUCAGAUUCAAUCGCUCGAAGCAUCACAGGCCAUGAAACAGUUGACUCUUUGAUCAACCUGCUUCUCGAAUUCUUCUCGCAUGGACUCAAGAAACAUCCUGAUUCUAAGGGAAUGGACCUUGAGGCGCUUCUAGCAUUUGUGUAUUUGGCUGCUCAGUUUGGCGGUGCGUGGUAUCUGAUUGCUCUUGAGGGGCUGAGAUUUGGAAAUCGAGGCACAAUCCUAAGCUGGACUGGGACUUUUGGCAUCGUGUUCCAAUCUGUCACCAUCACCAUCAUCGCUCCGAUUUAUCUCACUCUCCAACUCCUCUUCUCCCCUUCAAUACCGCGACAGGCAUCCUUACUCAUCGAUCCAAGCGACUUGAACUUCUUGCCGGUAGCAACUAUCAUAUCAUAUGUCCUACCAAGCAUUGGCCUCUGUUUGCCACUAAUCUUCGAUAUCUCACAAGAGAAUAAGUUUAUCGCCGUUGCCCUCUGGCAACCCUUUCCUCUAUACCAAACAGCUUUGCAGAACGCCUAUCGCUUUUUGACCGGCUCAGGACAAAGCAAGGCUAAUAUCAAAGCACAUGUUGAUCUCCGAAAAUGUAGAGAGGCCAUGAGACGCGCCUAUAUCUUCAUCACGGUACUCACUGCGGGUGUCCACCUGUCCGUCAUGGCAACUAUCCUUGCGUCCUGGAUGAACCUUGUACAGACAGUAUCUGGGCAUCACAUCCUCGCCCUCACCUCGCUCACAGACCCUCCGACCCUGGCUCUGCUAAGUCCACCCGUCUCCGCGAUGGAGUCACGGGAAAUCGUGGUGGCGUUCCUACGCUGGGAUGUCUACUGCACGUGCCUCGCUAUGGCAAUAUGGUCCGCCUAUCAACUCGCCUCAGCACAGAGAAUCGCCACCGUUCUGGCGAUUGGAAUUGAAUCAGUUUGUUGGGCAUUAUUGGGUGGACCGAUCUUCCCAGCGUUGAUGUUACUCUGGGAGCGCGAUGAGCUGGUUAUGGGUGAAAACGAGAUCUUUGACUCGUUCCGGAAGUGUGAGUGA